UAUGGGCGCCUUUCAAGAGUCUCAAGGACACAAUCUAAUGCACCCAUCGCCCACCUUCUCCCCCACGUACCGCCCACUCACAGCCAUUCCCACCACUAGUGCACCCACCUGCACCCCCGCACCUCCACCAUGCCACCCAUUCCCUCACCCACCCCAGACCCUCUCCCCUGCCAGCAUUCAUUGCCGGUUCCACCCACCAUCCUCUCCUAUUCUCUUCUGCCUGCCUCUUUUUAUAAUUCACUGCAUCGUUCACCAUCAUUCCUAUUACUCCUGUGCAUUACGCUCAACCUCCUCAUCUUCAUCACCAUACUUGGCUCUUCAUCCUCCUGACCAUUGUAAGUAAGGGCAACUAACAGGUCUGAACUUUCCAAAGGGCACUGAUUUUCUCUAUCUCUCUCCUUUCCUUGCUCUGUGUUGCGUGUGCUCUUUGGUCUGAAUGUCGGGGCUUGCAUUAAUUUGCAGAUCAUGACUGGUUCUGUACUCUUCCUCUGUGUCCUUGCUCAGUGUGUGCCUCAUCGGCACAUUUGAAUCAAGUCAUCUUGUUUUUAUAUGGGUGUAAAACAUGACUUGUCUCCUAUCUCUUUCCUACAGAAUAAAGGUAGAAAACAUAAUAGUUUAAUAAUACAAUGAAAGCUCUUUUUAUAAAGGUCAGUUGAAGGAGAUCCAGGAAGUGUGCGAUGAAGUGCUGGAGAUAUAUACCAGGAAAUAUAGAGUAAUACCUCAUUUAGUGCGACACUGCAUAGCACUUUUUUCGUAUAGCAUUUUCAUUUUGAAGCUUUAUUUUUUUCCAAAUAUAUAACAAAACCCAUAAAAGUGGUGAAAAUUUGCAAGUUCGAACAACCCAUCAUGACUGCCAACCUUUGUUUACGUUCACGUAACCAAUCAAAACACAUCACAUGUGCAUUAAUUUCCUCUUGUCUGCUUCAUUUAGCAUUACAUUUUUUUCGGAACGUAUCUAGAGCGCUAAUCGAGGUAUUACUGUGUGUGCAUCCUUAGCCAAAUACAUACAACAUCCCUCCAAAUCUUUCCUUCCACAAACCUGUUUAAACAUCUUUCAAAUGUCAUCAAGGGCAUAGCUCAGCCUGCAAAGCUUACAACCUUUCAAUGUCUAUUAAGAAAACAAAUCAGCAAUGGGUAGUAAUUAUCUGGAACUACAUGAUAAGAAUCCUCCUUCAAAGCCCAUCUUCUGUUAAGGAGCUUGCUCAUUCAUAGGCAGUGUUGGAGUACUCCAUACUUGAUUAACUCAAAACAGAUUUAGUUCUAUUUUUUUUCAUACCAGAGAUAUCACUGAAACAACAGAGAUUAGUGGUUUUUACAGACUUUCUCCAUGAUGCCUUCCAUAACUUCAACAAAAGAAUUUGACUGACAUCAGUUGACAUUUCCAGAAGAUUGUUCGACAUCAUUACUACUUUUUCCAACUUGACUACUGAAAGACUAAGGUCUAAUUUUUGGAUGGUUUCCCAUUUCAAGAUAUCUCAAUCAGCGGGAAAAGCUCUCAGCAGUGGAUAAUGCAGAGAAGGGGCAACCAUGUAAUGUGUGUGGAGACCAGUGUCCAGGCCUGACAUUACAUAAGUGGAGGAAGAUCUGCCUGCAUUGCAAGUGCCCACGCGAGGACCACUCCGCCACCGUGAUGCCGCUGGAAAUGGAGAAGACCGUCAACAAGCUCAUGUACGACUUUCAGAGGAACUCCACGUCCGACGAUGACUCUGGCUGUGCUCUGGAGGAAUAUGCCUGGGUUCCUCCCGGUCUCAAGCCCGAGCAGGUACACCAAUACUACAACUGCCUGCCAGAAGAUAAAAUUCCAUAUGUUAACAGCCCUGGAGAGAAGUAUAGAAUCAAACAGUUGUUGCAUCAACUACCACCGCACGACAAUGAGGUUCGUUACUGCAACUCACUCGAUGAAGAGGAGAAGAAGGAGUUGCGGCUCUUCAGUAGUCAAAGGAAAAGGGAAAGUCUGGGAAGAGGAACGGUGCGGCCAUUCCCCAUAACAAUGACCGGUGCCAUUUGUGAACAGUGCGGAGGACAGAUCAGCGGAGGAGACAUUGCUGUGUUUGCUUCACGGGCUGGCCAUGGGAUUUGUUGGCACCCCCGAUGUUUCAUCUGCUCCACCUGUAACGAACUGCUGGUGGACCUUAUUUAUUUUUAUCAAAACGGGAAGAUCUAUUGCGGGAGGCACCAUGCCGAGCGUUUGAAGCCGAGAUGUGCCGCGUGCGAUGAGAUAAUCUUUGCCGAUGAGUGCACAGAGGCUGAGAGUAGACACUGGCACAUGAAACAUUUCUGCUGCUUCGAGUGUGAGACUGCCCUGGGAGGCCAAAGAUACAUCAUGAAAGAAGGUCGCCCCUACUGUUGCAACUGCUUCGAGUCUCUGUAUGCAGAAUAUUGUGACACAUGUGGGGAGCAUAUAGGUAUUGACCAAGGCCAGAUGACGUAUGAUGGACAACACUGGCACGCCACCGAGUUGUGUUUCUGCUGCGCCCGCUGCAAGAAAUCGCUGCUCGGGCGCCCCUUCCUGCCCAAGCAAGGGCAGAUAUUCUGCUCGAGGACAUGCAGCAUCGGGGACGAUCCCAACGGCUCGGACUCCUCCGACUCUGCCUUCCAGAGCGCCCGCUCCCGGGAGUCCCGACGGAGCGCCCGGAUCGGGAGGAACAGCAGCAAGGCGGAGGACAAGGGCCUGAGGCAGAGCGUGUCGCAGCCGUUCAUGAGCAGGUACUCCACUGACAUCGAUCCCCUCUCCCAGCAGAUGGACAUGCUGAGCCUCGCAGCCGGCCAGGCCACCAGCUUGAACAAGGAGGCGCUGUGGAAGAGCAGGGACGGCUACCAGUUCGAAGACAAGUCCGCGGAGCGGGCCGCGUUUGCCGAGCGGCCUUCUCAGUCGCUCGGCCAGUACGGGGCGCGGACUGAGUUCAACCCGCCGCCGUGCUUGGCCAAUCCGUCCGACUUGUGGGCCAAGGAGUUCAACACCAAGCGAGGUCCGGCCGCUGCCUCCUUGAAGGACCGCAGCGACAGUUUCGUCCAGGAGAAGAAAGAGGAUUAUUAUCCCGCAACCGUCAGAACGCAGGAAAGUUUCAGCAGCGCCUCGACCCACAGCAUCCCCGAGUCCCGGUCAAACCCCAACGUGCAAGGCUACGACAUGGAAAGGGAACUGAUUUCUCACCAGUGUCGAACCAGGCAUCCGAUCAGCGCACUGAGUUUCACCGACCAACUCAAACUUCUGGAGCAGACCCCAAGGGAAUCGAUCGAAUCUCUUGCGCUUUCAAAUGCCACAGGGGCUUCUAUGGAAGGAGGAGCCAGGCAACAAGAACAUCUGUCCAGAUUUUCAAUGCCGGAUUUGAGCAAGGACUCGGGCAUGAACGGAUCGGAGAAGCUGAGUAACAUGGGCACCCUCAACUCCUCCUCCAGAUUCAGGAGCUCAGAGUCUAUUCGGAGUCUGAACUCUGCGCAGCUGUACCACGCCACGCAGCCAGCCAUGGACAGACUCCGGCACCCGCUGCAGUACAGGCAGCUGUCGGCGCAGGGAAGGUUGCCGCCGGGUUUCGAGUGCGCGGACGGCGCAGCGGGCAACAGGACGGGGCCGGGCAUGAGCGCCCGGAUCGCCCCCAUGAGCGAUCGGACACAGCGGCGCUUGCACAGUCAGGAGCACACCGCCAGCCGCCGCCACCACCGCCACCGGUCCCGGAGAUCGCGGCGUUCCCGCUCGGACAACGCGCUCCACCUGGCCUCGGACCGCCGCUGCCAGGCCAGGGACCGGCCCCAGCCGUUCCCGGGCGAAGACUACGGCCAGUUGGCGGCGCGGCGGAGCGGCCGGGACGGCUUGGGCAACGGUCACUUGCGGGACCCCUGCGGCCGCUACCCCAGGACAGCUUCGGACCUGACGCUGCAGAACCAGGCCGGCGAGAAGCUGCUGCGGCCUUACUUCAACGACCACGACGACUGGUGCUCCACCUGCUCCUCUUCCUCCGAGUCCGAGGAGGACGGGUACUUCCUGGGCCAGCCCAUCCCCCGCCCCGUCCAAAUCCGCCCCAUCACCAGCGAAGAGUUCAUGUACGGCUACAACUCCCCCCUCCCUCUCUCCUCGUCUCUGGGAGGCAGGUACCAGUCACAUUAUAGAAAGAGGCAAAAAAACAAAAACUGCGUUAUCUCAUAACAUUUUGCACAAUUUAUUUCUCGCAAGAAUGUAAACUAAAAAAAGUUGCACUUGUAUUAAUUAUUAAGAAGUAACAUUGGCAAAGGCAAUAUGACUUAUUCAGUAUUUAAAACAAGCUACUAAAACAUUACUGUGGUUCCAUGAAGGAGUUUUUCUUUGCUAGCUUUCUUGGUUUGUUUUUCUGUAAUAUAUUAUCUAAUAUACAUUCUACAAUUAAUAGUCUAUUAAAACAUGGUAUACAUAACUAGAGUUUCAUUGCCUGCAUAGCUGUGAGCAUGUUUACAACUUGAUAUUUGUCGAUGAUCUGAUGGUGUAGUGUACCUUUAUCUCACUGCCAGUGUUAUUGAUCAAGUUUAAUAAUCAAUAUACCAAACGAUAUUCCAGAAUCGCUUGCCCAAUUGUGUUUAAAAUGCAACGUACUAUAAUGAAAGUUAAAAUUUCACUAAGUUAAUUAUAUCUUCUGUACAUAUCAUGCAAAACAAGGAUUUCUAAAGAAAUAUUUUUAUAUUUUGUAAUGUAAAAAGUGUUUUGAGGUAGUAAUUCAUGCAUGCUCACUUUAUUUGUUCUGUUUUCAAUGGAAAUUUAUUAAAAAUGUUGCAU